GCCCGAGCGCCGCUGCCACCUCGGAUGCGCGCGGACUAGUCUCCAUUGACACUUUCUCCUUUUGAAAAUGUGACCUUUUUAUUAUCAUUAGUUCUUAAAAAUAUAUUUUUGUCACAUUUAUUUUUAGAUUUGAUUUGAGGCAACAGUUUCUUGUUUAUUUUAGCCAAUGGAGUGACGCGCGAGCUGGGGAAAAUAACUUGAGCUGUGCGCGCGGGGAUGGCACGUCGGUGGUGGUUUGCCGGCUUGGAUGGAGGCUGUUUGUGCGUGUUAUGGUGUCAGUGUUCGGGGUGAGUUCUCCUGGGGAACUAUGGAGCAGAGGAAGAGUAUUUUCUGCUCCGUCUUCUUCGCAGCGCUGCUCCGGCUGAGCUCAUCCCAGGUCCUCCGAAUCGGUGGCAUUUUUGAGACCAGGGAAAGUGAGUUAGUGAGUAUGGAUGAGCUGGCUUUCAAGUUUGCUGUAAACAACAUAAACCGCAACAAGACUUUGAUGCCCAACGCGACCCUCACCUACGACAUCCAGCGAGUCAACAUCUUUGAUGGCUUUGAAGCUUCAAGAAGAGUGUGUGACCAGCUGACUCUUGGGGUGAUUGCCGUGUUCGGCCCCUCUCACAGCUCCUCUGUUAGCGCGGUUCAGUCCAUCUGCAACGCCCUGGAAGUCCCUCACAUCCAGACUCGCUGGAAGCACCCAUCAGUGGACAACAAGGACACUUUUUUCAUCAACCUCUAUCCUGAGUACACCGCCAUUGCCAGAGCUAUCCUGGACGUGGUGACAUUUUUCAAAUGGAGGAAACUGACAGUGGUCUAUGAGGACAGCACUGGUCUAAUGCGGAUGCAGGAGUUGAUCAAGGCCCCAGCAAAGUUAAACUUAAAGAUCAGGAUCCGCCAGCUCACCCCGGGUAACCAAGAUGCUCGGCCGCUGCUCAAGGAACUGAAGAAAGACAGAGAGUUUUUUAUUAUCUUUGACUGUUCUUAUCGCACCGCUUCAGAACUUCUAAAGCAGGUUGCUGUGUGGAACUCAUACAGGGGAAUGACCUUGAUGGAAAAGCCCAACCGAGAAAAAAACAACAAUGUGACAGACUCGCUGGCUAACAGGACUCUGAUUGUCACAACAAUUCUGGAAAAUCCAUAUGUGAUGGCAAAAAAGUCUGAAAAGGAGCUGGUUGGAAAUGAUCGCUAUGAGGGAUACUGCAUGGACCUUUUAAAGGAGCUCUCCAACAUCUUGGGUUUUACGUACGAAGUCAGACUAGUUGGUGACGGCAAAUACGGAGCCCAGAACGACAAGGGAGAGUGGAACGGGAUGGUCAGAGAGCUCAUUGACCAUGUUGCAGACCUCGCUGUGGCUCCUCUGACAAUCACAUAUGUUCGAGAGAAAGUGAUUGAUUUCUCCAAGCCCUUCAUGACUUUAGGUAUCAGCAUCCUGUACCGGAAACCUAACGGCACUAAUCCAGGCGUGUUCUCGUUCCUAAACCCUCUGUCUCCGGACAUCUGGAUGUAUGUGCUGUUAGCCUGCACUGGGGUCAGCUGUGUGCUUUUUGUGAUUGCCAGGUUUACACCAUAUGAGUGGUACAACCCACACCCAUGCAACGCGUCCUCCACUCUGGUACAGAACAACUUCACUUUACUCAACAGUUUCUGGUUUGGCAUUGGAGCUCUCAUGAGGCAAGGCUCAGAGGUGAUGCCUAAGGCUCUGUCCACACGUAUAGUUGGGGGUAUUUGGUGGUUUUUUACUUUAAUCAUCAUCUCCUCCUAUACGGCCAACUUGGCUGCCUUCCUAACCGUGGAAAGAAUGGAUGCACCCAUUGAUUCAGCAGACGACCUUGCCAAACAAACAAGGAUUGAAUAUGGAGCAGUGAGAGAUGGAUCCACUAUGACAUUCUUUAAGAAAUCAAAGAUCUCCACCUAUGAGAAGAUGUGGGCCUUCAUGAGUAGCAGAAAGACUGCAUUAGUUAAGAACAACAAGGAAGGGAUCACACGAGUCUUGACGACAGACUAUGCCAUGCUAAUGGAGUCCACAAGCAUUGAGUACAUUAGCCAGAGAAACUGCAACCUCACGCAAAUCGGAGGUCUCAUAGACUCCAAGGGCUACGGAGUGGGAACGCCUAUUG